GAAAUUCAAUGUGUUUUGUCUUAUACCGGUGCAAUAGUAGAUAGAAGAAACCUCAGCUUUUUCCAUUUCCAUGUUUCAAGUUCCAAAAGGACAAUCGUCUCCACCGAACUUCUUCUUCCCAAUAAACCUUUCUUGAUUGGGAUUCCACACACUCUCUGCUUCUCAUCCAUCCUUUUUACGCUCAAUUUUCCCUUUCCUGUUGUUUGAUCUUUUUUUGCAGAAUUCUCUCUCAAUCAUGGCUCAUACCGAUCAAAUUAACCCUCGAGAUGUUUGUAUUGUGGGUGUUGCACGAACACCUAUGGGGGACUUCCUUGGUUCUCUUUCAUCUCUCUCCGCAACCAAGCUUGGAUCCAUAGCCAUUGAAUGUGCUCUAAAAAGGGCUAACAUUGAUCCACAACUAGUCCAAGAAGUUUUCUUUGGAAAUGUCCUGAGUGCAAAUUUAGGUCAAGCUCCUGCAAGACAGGCUGCAUUAGGUGCAGGCAUACCAAAUACAGUCAUUUGUACAACUAUUAAUAAAGUAUGUUCAUCUGGGAUGAAAGCAACAAUGAUCGCAGCACAAAGCAUUCAAGUUGGUGCAAAUGAUAUUGUAGUGGCUGGUGGCAUGGAAAGCAUGUCUAAUACACCUAAAUAUGUAGCAGGAUCAAGAAAGGGAUCUCGACUAGGACAUGAUGUUAUCAUUGAUGGCAUGGUCAAAGAUGGUCUUUGGGAUGUUUACAAUGACUUUGGAAUGGGAGUUUGUGGUGAGUUAUGUGCUGAAAGCUUCAAGAUAACAAGAGAAGAUCAAGAUAAUUAUGCUGUUAGAAGUUUCAACCGAGGAAUUGCUGCACAAAAGAAAGGCGCAUUCAAAUGGGAAAUAGUUCCGGUGAAAGUUUCUUUGGGAAGAGGGAAAGGAACUAUAGUUGUUGAUAAAGAUGAAGGCUUAACAAAGUUUGAUGAAACAAAAUUGAGGAAUUUAAGACCAAGUUUCAAGGUUGAAGGUGGUUCAGUCACUGCAGGCAAUGCUUCUAGUAUAAGUGAUGGAGCAGCUGCAUUAGUGCUAGUGAGUGGAAAAAAGGCAUUAGAACUUGGAUUAAAAGUGAUUGCUAGAAUAAGAGGUUUUGCUGAUGCUGCUCAAGCCCCUGAAUUAUUUCCAACUGCUCCCGCUCUUGCAAUACCAAAAGCUAUUUCAAAUGCUGGAUUAAAACCUUCACAAAUCGAUUACUAUGAAAUAAACGAAGCCUUUUCUGUUGUGGCUUUGGCUAACAAGAAGUUGUUAGGAAUUGGUGAUGAGCAACUUAAUGUUCAUGGUGGAGCUGUAUCGUUAGGGCAUCCAUUAGGUUGUAGUGGAGCUCGGAUUUUGGUUACCUUGCUAGGGGUAUUAUCGGAAAAUAAUGGAAAGUUUGGGGUUGCUGGUAUUUGCAAUGGGGGUGGAGGAGCAUCUGCGCUUGUUCUUGAGCUCAUGCCAUCUUCAAGGAUGAGUCACUCCAGAUUGUGACAAGGAAAUUGUAAUGAUGUCUGUCUCGAUUAAGUGUUUGUUGUAUAAAUAAAGUUUGUUUCUUUUCUAGACUAAAUAAACUGUCUUAAUAAGAAUAAAUGACCAUUUUACCCUUA